AGAGACAGAGAGAGAGAGAGAGAGCUGUGAAUACACAGCUUCAAAACAGGAAAACUCCUUCCUUUUCAAAAGGCAGAGGACAGACCAAACAGUGCGCCCUGCUGGCUUUCAGCACAGUCUGCCAGCGAAGCCAAAAGCUCUCUCAACUGUGACUUCAUUUCCAGCAGGAUCAAGACUUGAGUCAGUUUUCAUUUAAUCGUUUACAGCCAGCAGUGCCAUUGAUGGGGAACAUACAGAGCAAGACUGAAAAUCAAGUGGCAGUUUAAUCAAGGUAACUGCUUGAGAAAUCCAGAGAGAAGAGACAAUCGGAAGGGCAAAACAAAAAAGAAAUCCUUUCUAAGGUAACCAUGCAAGCAGGACACCAAUGGAAAAAUUUUGUACCAUUUAUAGUGGCCUUAGCAGUUGUGCUGGAGGUCUGCAAGGUCCAUGGCUGUCGAACUGGCACAGGAUCAGAGUGUGAGAAAGCUCCUUUCGUCCCAGGCCACAACCUGGCAGGGGAGGGUUUUGAUGUGGUGCGACUGCGUCGAACAGGAGCAUAUGUCAUCAACGUCAAAGCUCAUCUGGCUGACAACCACACCUGUACACUGUGUCCAAACCGCUUCCAAAAAGAACAGACUCAAAAGCUUCCAGCAGCAGUGCUCGACUGGCGUCCCUUCAGUCGCUGCAGCAAACAGCUUUCUAGUGCACUCCACCACUCCGUGGACUCCCUGCUGCGCAGCUCCAGCUCGCUUGUUAACAACAACUGGGGUCUGGGUUUGAGCCUUGACAACAUUGGUCAGGCGGUGCUGGGAGGAAGCCGCUCAGAUUUGGCCAAAUUUGCUCGUUCACAACACAGUGUGGACAAAGCCACUUUCGCCAUUUAUGAAAUCAGUUGCACCUAUUACAGCUACAGGCUGGCCGAUCAUCCCCAGCUGAGUGAAGAGUUCAUGAAGCAUUUGAAGAGACUCCCACAGAGUUUAAACACAGCCCAGAACAAAGCCUUAUACAGACGGCUGAUAGACACUUAUGGAACGCAUUACAUCCACCAGGUCCAGCUUGGUGGCAAGGUGAGGAGAAUCACUGCCUUUAGGACUUGCCUGGCCACGUUGAAGGGCUUCUCAGAAUCGGAUAUUAAAAAUUGCCUGAAUCUUGAACUCCGUAUGGCUCUGGGCUUUGUUCCAUCCAAUGCAUCCUUCUCCAACAAGUGUGACAACUUCUGGAAGGGCAAUAUGAGCAUGGGCUUCUACCAGGGCUUUAUGACACAUAAAAUUGAGGUAAUUGGAGGAGAGAGGUACUUCCCUGACAUCCUCUACCAGCAGGACCCUGCAGAAGCGUACCAAAGCUGGCUGAACAGCCUAUAUGACAACCCUGAUGUGGUCUCUUAUGCCAUCUUCCCUUUGCAUCAUUUGGUGGAGGACCCACAGAUCAGUGAUAAUCUGAGAGUCAUAGUCACAGAGUAUAUCAAAGAGAAUCAGCUGAAAGAAGACUAUCUGGGUUUAAAGAACUGCUCACCAGGACCAAAUCUGGAUCAUAAUUGCUGUCCUUUAAGGACUGGCAGAGGAACUCUGAGACUGGAGAUCCACAGAGCAGCAGGGCUGAGGGCUGAUACUUUCACAAAAACUGAUGCCUAUGUGAAGAUCUUCUAUGGUGGCAUGUACGAGGAGACUGAGACCAUAAUGGAUAACAAUGACCCAGAGUGGAAUGUCACUUAUGAUUUUGGCUCCGUGGAGCUGGGUCAGGAGCUGAGGUUUGAAGUCUGGGAUAGGGACGUGUUUUAUAAUGAUGUUGCAGGGAUGUGUCUCAUCUAUCCUGAGAGAGGAGAACAUUCUCUGAGCUGCCAGCUGCGCAAAGGAGUUCUCUAUUUCACCUACACCAUUACAUGUGAUGCUCAUUUGACAGGCUUCAGGUGUGGACGAUACUCCCCACUUGCUGAAUAGAUUCUCUUAAAUAUCAGCUUUUUUCUUUUUUUAAAGAACUACUUGCAAUCUGUAAUUUCCUUGCAUUUUGGCAUAGUGUCCCACCUUUUCUUACAUAGCAUUUGACAUUACCAUGACACCAAAACAACUCAUGCUACAAAAGUUGUCACUUGUCUUCUGUGUAAAUGUUUCUUAAUAGCUUCGAAUUAUCAAACCAAGUUCUUGUGUAUUCUUUGUACAUACUGGAAUAAAGACAUUAAGAUGCUAAUAUUAA